AUGGGUCUUUUGUUAUAGUUCCUUAAUUUAAAUAUUUUAGAUUAGAGUAAAUGUCUGGGGUUAUUGGUGAUUCGUUUAUUUUUGAUAUAAAACUUAAUUGCUUAAGGAGACAUCUCCAACUUAUUGGUAUUCAAUAAUCAUAAAUUUAAUUUAGGAAAAUUCAAUAGCUAGAAAUCCAAGAAUCUUAUAAUAGCAAUAAUAAUGUACCCAAUUUUCAGGAUCCAACUUGGAGUAAGGAGAUUGA